AUGGAGCCCGAGGCUCUGCAAUGGCUCGGGUGGCAUUAUGCCAGUCGAAUCUACGAGCGUCUCAAAGCCACUGAUAAUCUCACCUUCAGUGCCUGGAGCAUCUUCCAAAAGGCGUUUCCGAAACAGAUCGAUCACUAUCACCAGUUCCAUGUUUCUGAGCGGGAGGCAUGGUCAUUGAUACCAACGCAACUACCUUCCAUGGUUGACCGGCUGGCCAAACUCGAUACCGGCAUGCUAACCUUCUUGUGCAUUCGAAACUUUUCCCUAACCGUCGACCAUCUAAUAGCGCUCACCAAGAUCCAUACACUUGCGGGCCUUGUUCUAGAACACAAAAAUAGUCCCAUGGAUCGAUAUAUGCCUGCAAUAAACAUAAGCCAUUGGGCACGUGCUGUCUGCGAGAAUCGUGCUUUCAGGAAGCUAAGACUACUUGUUGUUGGCAACUUCGGGCUUGGCAGAAAUGCUGUUCUACAAGGUGUCUCGAGCUUCUCUGCCUUGACUCUUGUUGGGGUUCAUCAAGCCGGGGAGGCAGGUGGUAAACCACUUGAUUCAUAUGGAGAUUGGCGCACAGGAUCUCCUCAAUGGUUGAAAGAAAAGAUCGCGGCACCUGACGAGCAAAGCCCAAUGUCGAUAUGGGUAAACCCUAAGAUAACGAAAGCGCAUAAAAUGAAGCUACUGUACAAUCUCUGUAUCGAGCAUCUACAACAGCCCCUGAUCACAGAGAACCCACAGUCAUCGAUAUCUGUGACCUACGUCUGUAGUGAAUGGUUCACCCAAGACGACUCAAUUGCAUGGUUUUUCCGAGAGUUCAAAGAAGGGAAGACCCAGCCAACAAAGCGCCACAAGGAUCAAGACCAACACGAUGAAAAGAACCCCGAUUCGAACAAGAAGAGGAAGAUUCGGCAAGUCAAGAAGAUGGACGUUGGCUCGCUUCUAAAUACUUUCAGCUGA